AUGCUUCGCGCACCCGACCCUGCGAUCCGAGACGAUGUCUCUCAGUUGCGCUUUAUUGUCGCGACUGGCUGUCUGAUUUGGUGGGUGGUAGUAUGGAACGUCUGCGCUAUUGGCUUCAUCCAACUGUUUCGAUACUACUGGAAGAGGCCACAGCCAGCAACAUGCGUAACCACGUUGGAUGAGGAAAAGGUGCCUCAUGUUACAGUUAUAAGACCGGUCAAGGGUCUCGAUCCACGUCUUUACGAAUGCCUCGCAGCCACCCUCCGCCAAACGUACCCCAGGAACAAAAUAAACACCGUCUUCUGUGUUCCCGAACGAUCCGAUCCCGCAUUUCCGAUUCUAGAGCGCCUAUGCAAAGACUUCCCAGAUGUCGAUGUACAGAUAUUGGUUGAGGAGGAGGAUCCCAUGCUGCUCAAGAACAACAAUACGCUGGGGCCCAAUCCGAAGAUUAGGAACAUGAGCCGCGCUUAUAGGGAGGCCAAGGGCGAUAUUGUGUGGAUACUGGAUUGCAACGUCUGGGUUGGAAAAGGCGUCUGUGGCCGCUUGGUAGAUCUACUGUGUGGCUUCGGGGAGGGCAGUAACGGGAAGAGCAAGACAAAGUACAAAUUCGUGCACCAGACACCGCUCACGGUAGACCUCGACUCGCAGGAUCUCUCGCUCAAGGACAGAAAGGAACUACUUGGAGGAAAACCAGCCACCGCAGCAAAAUCAACGAGCAUUGCGGCAACCACAUCUUCUGAUCCCCGCAACCAUUCCAGUAACACCAUAAGUAAGCUCCUUCAGCGUGGUGGAGGUCGCCUGGAUGAAGCCUUUAUGUCAUCCGCGCAUGCAAAGUUCUAUCAAGCCAUCAACACUGUUGCCGUAGCCCCUUGCAUCAUGGGCAAAAGCACCAUGUUCCGCCGUUCACAACUCAACUACGUUACUUCAUCCAACCCCGACCGCGCCGCCGGCAUAGAUUUCUUCUCUGACAACAUCUGCGAAGACCACCUCAUUGGCGACGCCCUUUGGAAACAACCUCAAGCCUUUGAACAGCCCGGCUACAAACCCGAACCAGGAACGCAAAAGGAAUCAUGGGGCAAACACGCAAUGCUCUUCGGUGACUUCUGCUUCCAACCCAUCAGCCACACCUCCGUCUCCGCCUACCUUCACCGCCGCGUCCGCUGGCUCCGGGUCCGUAAAUUCACAGUCACACUCGCUACCUUUGUCGAACCAGGCACUGAAAGCAUUCUUUGUGGUCUCUACGGCGCUUACGCUCUCACCACCCUACCCUUCUUCGCAAAACUCGGUAUCCCACCUACGUGGCUGUCUUUCUUCCUCGUCUGGCUUGCCCAUCUUGCGGCGUGGUGUCUGGUAGAUUACAUCCAGUACCUCCUCCUGCACUCCGCCAAGACAGUGGAAAUCGAUACAGAUACCCCGGAUUUCGUGCUCCCGCAGCGUUCAGCGUCAGCGUACCAUCGGUCUACAGAUGAUGCGACAAAGCCUUUGCUUAGCAAGGAUAAGGCUUCUGCCGAGCCCAGCCUACUCGAUGGCGCAAGAAGAAGUUUCAAAGACUUCUUCUUCGCGUGGCUGGGCCGUGAGGCUUUUGCACUUCCGGUGUGGGUCACAGCGUUUUGGGGCGGGACUACGGUUGAGUGGCGGGGAAGGAAGUUUUGGGUUGGGCUUGAUACCAAGGUUCAUGAGAUUUUGCCUGAUGAGAAGAAGAAGGGUGACGAUAAGAAGUAA